UCAUGGCUGAUUAGUUACGCCAUGGUGCACGAAUGUGUGGGUGAGGACCCCCAAGCAAACUCAAGCUUAGCGGCGAUCCGCGCUCGACUUCUUCUAGACAAGUAUGGAAGUCCGUGAUUUUGGAGAACCUGCAACAUACAAAGUGAACGGUUAAGGCUGUCCAGCCAAUCAGAGAAGAUCAUUUGAUUCCCAGCCCUACCGUUAAUAUUUCGCGUGCCAUUGAAAACCUUAUAAAGAAAAAGGAAAAUCCGUCUAGCAAGCCGAGCACUAACUUCAUGGAAACGCCUUCAGGUUAGAUUUGCAUUUACUAAAAACAAAAAAUAAAAAAAUAAAAUAAAAUAAAGGAGAACCUCAAACAAAAAGAUCAUUAGUCUUUUUUUUUUUUUUUUUGCCUGUGCAUUGAAGACACAAACUCUCAGGUCUUCACUGCCUCGCACAGCCUGCUGGGUGAAAGGUACUCUGGUAUUGAAGAUGAGUGCGUUUGACCUCCUGAGGUUGCUGCCCUUGAACAUGACCCUGCGCCUGUGCCUCGACUGGCCAGUUUGCAACCGUACGGCGGCGUCGCUCGGCAACCUCUCGGACGCCCUGGACUUGUACGCUCCCGGCGACGGGUCGCCGUGGUUGCGCGCCGCGGUCGCUACGGUGUACUUCGCGGUCUCGGCGGUGGGGCUGGCGGGCAACGCCGCGGUGCUGUGCCUCCUCCGCGCCAGAGGGGGCGCCGCCGCCAAGGGCACCGUCAACUUCUUUGUGCUGAACCUGGCGGCAACGGACCUGCUGUUCUCGGCGGCCAUGGCGCUGUGGGCGGCGGAGGCGGCGCUGGACUACCACUGGCCCUUCGGCGGCUGCGCCUGCAAGGCGGCCUCCUUCCUCACCUCGCUCAACCUCUUCGGCAGCGUCUUCUUCCUGGCCGCCAUGAGCGUGACGCGCUACUGCAGCGUGGCCUCCGCCCUGGCGCCGGGCGGGGGGGCGGGGGCGGGCCCGCGGGGCGAGUGCGCGGCCCGCCUGGCCGCCGCGCUCAUCUGGGCGGGGUCCGUGCUGGCCGCCGCCCCCAGGGCGGCCUUCGCGGAGGUGACGGAUGUGGGCGGUGACCGGGUGUGCCUCCUCCACUUCCCCAACGGCACCUUCUGGCUGGGCCUGCACCACCUCCUGCGGGUGGUGGUGGGCUUCCUCCUCCCCUACGCUGUCAUCCUCCUGUCCUACCUGCUGCUGCUCCGCUUUCUGUGUAACCACGGCGACCCCGGGCGUCGCCGCCGGGCCCGGGUCUCCCGCUCGGUCGCCGUGGUGAUCCUGGCCUUCUGCGUCUGCUGGCUGCCCAACAACAUCCUGACCUUCUGGGGCCUGCUCAUACACCUGGACGCGGUGAAGUGGAGCUCCGCCUUCUACCUGGCUCACACCUACGUCUUCCCGCUCACCUCCUGCCUGGCCCAGGUCAACGGCUGCCUCAACCCCGUCCUGUACUGCCUGAUGCACCGGGAGCACCGGCGGGCCCUGAGGGGCCUGCUCUGCGGGGCCAAACUCUCUGCCGGGCGACGGGUCGCCCUGCAGCUCCACAGCCUGGGGGGCCGGAGCGGGGCCAAGCCCUUCCCCGGCCCCCCGCCCUCCACCAGCCUCACCGGGGACCCCAGCCCCAAGAGCUCGGGCCUGCUCAACGGCUAGAGCUGGGAGGGGGAUUCACAAACUCAGACACACACAUACCAAGCUCACAUACACACACACACAUACACACACACACACCAAACUCACAUAUACACACACACAUACCAAACUCUCAUAUACACACAUACACAUACCAAACACACACACACACAUACCAAACUCUCAUAUACACACACACACACACACACAUACCAAGCUCACAUAUACACACACACACACAACUCACAUACACACACACACAUACCAAACUCACAUAUACCCACACACACACACAUGCAUACAUACACAUGCACACACGUUCACACACAUACACAACACAUACACACAUGUACACGCACAUACACACACAUGCACACACACGUACACACACACACACUCUGUAUCCAUUUCCUAGCCUAUAUUUCUUCUAUAGACAUUACAUGAUUUCCAGAUCUUUUAUCAGCUGAGUUUUUUUAUUUGACUUUUAAAAAAAUGUUACUUUUACAAUAUAUAACUGGCUGUUUUUUGAACUAUAGUCUGUAAAGUGGCUGUACUACAACAGUAUAUUUAACUGAUUGACUGACUUAUUAAUUAAAGGCGAUUAAUUGGUAAUAUGUGCUCUGAAAACGCGAUUAGUUUGUAAAUUAUGUAAUGUAUAUGUAGGUGACUUGCAAAUUAGUGAAAUGUAAUGAAAUAGUAUAAUAAUUUUUCUUUCUGGGGGGUUGAGCCGUGUUUUGUUGGACUGGGAGGUCUGAAGUGUUCUACUGGUCCGAUAUUCAAUUUCCUGCUACGUUUGCAGAUGCUGGACGAAGACCCGCCGUAAAAAUAUCACCGGCGUCAGACAGCCACGGCAACAAGGAAGGGAAAUUGGGUGGUUUUAUAACCGCCAACCGACGCUUCCAUUCCCAGCCGAUAUGAAUUCGUAUGAACUUGGCCACGUGCAGGCUAAUGUUUUAACGGUCCGUUUUCAAAUACCGUCAAUUAAGGUGACGUAUGCAUCUUCUGUUACAGAAUUUCAUGCCAUCUUUUGCUCCGUUUAACUCAAUUUAUACAUUCAUUCGUUAAUUUAUGGGUGAUUCAGUUAUUUUAUGCUCUUUGUCGUGUGAUUAUGCAAAAAAAAAAGUGUCGUUUUGAUUUUUGAAUAAAUGCGAUUCAACGCACACCGUCUGUUCUGGGUGGAGUGCAUU